AUGACUGGUCUUAUCGGCUUUGAAGCAGCGACCAUUACCCCUAUAUGGGAAUGCGCAGUGAUUCCACGAUGGUUACCAGAUACAGUUGACGCAGAGUCCAGUUACGAAGGCAGACCUAGUAAAGUGAGAAGUGUCUCUUUCUUUCGUCUGCAGAAGUUUCCGACUGCUAUCCCGAGUGGCAAAGGCGUACGACAUGGGACGGGUCAUCCUUUUUGA